AUGGUCUUUACUAGGCCAUCACGUCUUGCCUACACAACCAGCCUACAUCCAGCUCAGGCGUUGGAUAGACCAUUGCAAAACCAUCAUUUGAAGAGCUGUGGAAAAGGGGACCUCCCCGCAGACCUUCACUUGAAGGUCAUGGACUGUGUCAAUGGGAGCAUCGUUACGCUCGAACCCCAGAUGGAGUACGUUGCCCUCAGCUACGUUUGGGGGAAUCGGGAUGGGCAACAGCGCGUGAGCCGAAGGGAUGUAUCGCCUCGGGAACCAAGCGAAUACCCAAAGCUCAUACAGGAUGCCAGGACUAUCGUCCGCGAGCUGAGAUUUCGGUACCUCUGGGUCGAUAAGUACUGCAUCAAUCAGGAAGACGCCAAUGAGCUGCAUGGUCUGUUUGGGCGAAUGCACCAAAUAUACGAGGGAGCAGCGGUAACUGUGGCAGCUGCAGGGUCGGACGAUGCAGAGUCUGGUAUACCGGGAGUCAGCGAUGUCCCAAGGCGGCCCCAACCACGCGCAUAUAUAUCUGGCAAGUGGUACGUGUCCACCCUCUCGGAUGUCGGCAGCGCAUUGAGCUCCUCUCGUUGGAAGACCCGUGGCUGGACAUAUCAGGAAUUUGUGCUCUCGCGGAGGUGCUUACUCUUUACCAAGUCUCAAGUCUACUUUGUUUGCCGCGCUGGAACCCAGUGCGAAGCGGUGGGUGGUUCACUAGGGAUCGUGCAUGCCAAAGAGACAGACAGGGGAGCGAUAAGCUCUGUUUUUCUGGGAAGAACACGUGAGCCUCCGAAGUGGAAUUUCCUUGGAGAACGAUUACCUAAACCUAAUACCGAAUUCUGGUCUCGGGUAGAGCAGUACACAGCUCGCCAACUAACAUAUCCCUCGGACGCGCUGAAUGCAUUUCGUGGAAUCUUGGCUAGAGCAGCCUAUUUCAGUUACUGGGGUGUACCCAUAAUGAUCAAGCCAUGCGAGAGUGAAUAUGCAGCAAGUUCUGACUUGAACGCUGGUUUCGCAUUUGGUCUGGCCUGGCAUGGUGCAAUGGAUAAGACUUGGUGGGAUGGACGGCACGACGGAGUUGAUGAGCAGGAGCCUGGAAGCGCCACGGGCUCCUAUUCAAGGUGUCGCGACUUUCCUAGCUGGUCGUGGGCAGGUUGGAAAGGAGCUCGAGUCCUGAUGCAGGAAUACAUCGCUUGGGACAGAGAACUGGCAAGUUUUAACGACUUUGCUAAGUUCUGGACAGAGGAUGGAGCAGGAGAUCUGUCCACUCUUCUCAAGGUAGCCCCAACCAAGUGUCUACACGAGAGUUCCCAUGUCAUUCAGCUCGAAAACACUGUUGUGCGCCUUCGCAUCACCUGGAAUGGGACUCGCUACUCAGUUUGGCAUCCUGACAAAUGGCACACCGAACCCUUCCUCCGGCCGGCCGCUACCAUCUGCCAGGGAUAUUGGGCAGAGCGACCAGCGUCCCCCUGGCCAGCUGGUAUCGAAUUUGAGGCCAUUCUGCUGUAUCAUUACACUCGUUUCAUUGGUUCAUGCACUUUGUUACUGAUCGAGCAACAUGAGACGGCUUACGAACGGGUUGGGCUGGCUUGGAUGGACUCGGAUAGCUUUGCAACUCUUCCGGCUACUAAGCGACGCAUACGCCUGGGAUGA